GAGAGCAGGAGGUGCUGUGCCGGGCUGCAGGGCGCUCCCUCCAAAGGUCCCCAGCUCGACAUUGGGGGGCCACAGGCGACAGCAUGGACACCAAGCGCUGUUUCGCCAACCGCUUCGAUGACUACCAGGGCAGCCUGCUGGCUGGCCAGUGCGAGGAGGCUGUGGCGCCCUUGGUCACCUCCACCAUCGAACGCAUCCUCCAGGAGCUGCCCCCGCUGGGGGGCGGCGCUGAGGCUCGAGGGGCGACACCGGCGGGCAGCAGCUUCCAGGGGGGUCUGUACAGUGGCGUGGCCGGGGUGGCCUACAUGCUCUACCACGUCUCGCAAAGCCCGCUUUUCGCCGGGGCCCGCGAGCGCUACCUGCGCUCUGCCAAGCGCCUCAUCGACGCGUGCUCCCGCUCCGAAGAGUGGGGCGAGCCGGACGCCAACACCCGCGCUGCCUUCCUGCUCGGGGGCGCGGGCGUGCACGCGGUGGCCACGCUCGUGUACCACGCCCUGGGCCGUUCCGACUACGUGCAGCCCCUCGGGAAGUUCCGGGCUCUGUGCGCCGUCUGUGCACUGGUCUCCUUCCUGGAGUGCGGCUCCGACGAGCUGUUCGUGGGCCGCGCUGGGGGCUUGUGUGUGUCAUUAGUCCUUAGGGAGAAGGCAAUCAGGUCAGUAUUGACCCCAGCACAAAUUAAAUCAAUAUGCCAGGCAAUUUUGGACUCUGGGAAGCAGUACGCCCUGAAGAAGAGAAAGCCGUUCCCCCUGAUGUAUUCUUACUAUGGAACUGAAUACUUGGGGGCAGCUCAUGGCCUGUCAUCCAUUCUGCAAAUGCUUCUUUCUUACCACGAGCAUCUCAAGCCUUCAGAUCGGGAGCUGGUGUGGCAGAGUGUGGAUUUCCUCAUGGAACAGGAACAGAAUUGCAACUGGCCACCUGAGCUGGGAGAAACGAUUGAGAGAGAGAAUGAACUGGUCCACUGGUGCCACGGUGCUCCAGGAAUUGCUUAUCUGUUUGCCAAAGCUUAUCUUGUUUCCAAGAAACCACAGUACCUGGAUACAUGCAUACGCUGUGGGGAGCUAACAUGGCAGAAAGGCCUACUGAAGAAGGGGCCAGGGAUUUGCCAUGGUGUAGCCGGCAGUGCCUAUGUCUUCCUUCUGCUAUACCGUCUUACAGGAAACUCCAAAUACAUCUACCGUGCUCAAAGGUUUGCACAAUUCUUGUUCACUGAAGAAUUCAAAGCUGGUUCACGGGUCCUUGAAAGCAUAUAUAGCUUGUAUGAAGGCUUCUCUGGCACGGUUUGCUUUCUCAUUGAUUUGCUACAGCCCAAUCAGGCUGAAUUCCCUCUCUUCAGCGUCUUUGUUUAAAGGCUCCA